AUGCCCCAGGUGCGGAGUGGCAACCAGAGCAUCAUCAUGGCAGCCAAGGCUUACAGCCCCUCUGAAGGGGGCUGUCUGCCUUCAUCAGUAGGCUUAGUCCUUGCUCAUUUGAACGACUCUGAUAAGCUAAAUAGAUCCUACCCCUGGGCCAGCAAGAGCAAGAAAAGUCAGCUGUCUGAACUCUGCCGGCUUAGAGCAUCUCUGUCUGGGGAGAAAUGGAGCUCUUACUGCUUGUCUUCACUGGCAGCUCGUAACAUUUGUGCCAGCAAAAUUGGUAACUCGUGGGCUCAGUGGGAUUCUGCCUCUCUCUCCACUUCCACCAGAAGUUCUUCUUGCUCCUUUUUGCAUGCCCUUGCUGUGGAGGAGUCCAGCCAGCACCUCCCAACUACUGCACGCAAUCUGAACAAAGCCGUCUUCACCAUGGAUGUCAACACAACAGAGAUCCUAGUGGCUAAUGACAAAGCCUGCAAGCUGCUUGGGUGCAGUAGUCAGGAACUCAUUGGUCAAAAGCUGUCCCGCUUGAUAUCCAAAUCCAGUCAAGACAUAUGGGAAGCCAUGGGUGAGGAGUACAUAGAAAAUGAUGAAUGUUCAUCGGUGGUUUCAGGAACUGUGGUGGAUGUUAUAGGCCGUUUCAAAGAGAAGAUCCCUGUCUCGAUCUGGCUGAGGCGAAUAAGAAGCAAGGACAACCAGUGUUGUGUGGUUGUGCUGGAACCAGUGGAAAGACUUUCAGCUUCUGUUUCCUUCAGGGAUGACGGAGAGAUUACAUCAUGUGACCUCCUUUUUGCCCAUCUCCAUGGCUACCCAACAUUGGAAGAAGUAGUUGGGCUCUGCAUAAAGGACCUGAUUCCUUCUCUGCAAAUCCCUCCUCUAGGCAAAAAAAUCCCAAAGAACCUCAGGAUCCAGCGAGCUGUAGGCCAAUCCAGAGAGGGUAGCAUGUUUCCUCUCAGUUUAAAGCUGCAAGUAAGCCUUCUGGAGGAGGACCAAACAGCAGUGCAGAAAGAUGGUGUUCUGCAGACAGAAAAAGAAGGCUUUUUCACAGGCUAUCAUUACUCUGCUACAGUCGUGGUUUUCUCCACCAUCAGUGGUCUUAUUACUGUCCGGUCAGAUGGAACCAUCUGUGGCAUCAAGGAUAGUUUUGCUUUAAUGCUCUUUGGCUAUGAGAAGAAAGAACUGUUGGAAAAGAACAUUACAUUCCUGAUCCCUGGUUUCUAUAACAACAUGGAGAGAAGCAGUGACUGUUCUUUGCCAUUACCUCCUCUUGAUGACUCCACGGGGACAGAGAGCAAGUGCAUCUUUGAAGAUGUUGCUGCCUGCCGUACAGCUGGCUCUGGCUGCUGUAACAAAGAAGACAAUCUAGAUACCGCAUCUUAUGGCCCGAUGAAGCUGCCUUCUGAUGUUACUUGUAACUCACCUGGAACACCAACAAUAGAUGAGCCCUGGGUUGGGAGAACAUCAGACUGCAGACAAGACUUUCAAAGCCAUGUGGUUACAGGGCAGUUGUCAAAAUCAGACUUCAUGCAUUUAGAAAACUCUGAAGAAUCCUCCCAAGCAUUUCUUGAGAAGCCUGAAACUCUUGCAGAGACAGUGGGGGACAACGUCAACAGAAACCCACUGAAAAGCAAAGGCAGUCCCGAAGAAGACUAUCAGUUGCAUGGGCAGCAAAAUAUGGAGAUAAAAUUAACAUCGACCCCCAUGAAACAAGAAGGAAGGCUGCAUCCAGCAGCUCCUUUGACCUUGGAGAUUCUGGAAGGCAGCUACACUGGGAAUUGCUGUCAUAGAGACGGUUCACAAUUAAGUAUCCUCUUUGAAGUGAAACGUGUAGAGCUGCAGGACCCUGCCAUACUUUUCUGUGUCUGGGUGGUGAAAGACCUUCUACAGAGCCAGAAGGAAGCUGUAGCAAAGACUCAGCUUUUGCUCUCCAGUCUAGCAAGCUCUGCUCAGUCUGUUGCAGAUCUUUCUACACAUAGUCUUGGAGAAGCCAUCAGAUCAGCUUCACUUUUUGAAAGUUCCCGAAGAGCUGAAGAGCUUGAAAGAUUAAGGGCAUGUGAGGGAGAAUAUGCAAAAAAUUACAACACUCUCAGUCUUAUUGGCAAAGGAUCUUUUGGCUUUGUCUGGACUGCCAUGGGCAAGAAAGAUCACCAGGAGGUUGUUGUAAAGUUCAUCUGGAAGGAGAGGGUGCUUGAGGACUGCUGGGUAAAUGAUCCUGAUCUGGGAAGAGUUACUCAAGAAAUAGCAAUCCUGUUGAAGCUGCAGCACCCCAGUAUCAUUAAGGUGCUGGAUGUAUUUGAAAAUGAACAUUUCUUCCAGUUGGUAAUGGAGAAGCAUGGAUCUGGACUGGAUCUUUUUACAUUCAUUGAUAAUCAGCCUAACUUGGAUGAGCCAUUAGCGAGCUAUAUAUUCAGACAGCUUGUAUCAGCUGUUGGGUAUCUCCACUGUAGAAACAUCCUUCACAGAGAUAUCAAGGAUGAAAACAUUGUCAUUGCUGAAGAUUUCACAAUUAAAUUAGUGGACUUUGGUUCAGCUGCCUACCUGGAACCCGGCAAAUUGUUUUAUACUUUCUGUGGGACAAUUGAAUACUGCUCACCAGAAGUGCUGUCUGGCAAACCGUACCAGGGCCCUGAGCUGGAGAUGUGGUCGCUUGGUGUCACCCUUUAUACCCUGGUGUUUGGAGAGAAUCCCUUCUGUGAGCUGGAGGAGGCCAUGGCAGCUAUCCUGAAUCCUCCUUGGCCUGUCUCAAAAGGUCUCAUGGAUCUCAUCGCUGAGCUUUUGCAUCCUGUCCCAGAGCAGCGCAUGACUCUAGCGAUGUUAGUAGAGGAUUGUUGGCUGAAGCAGCCUGUGAACCUAGGCAAUUAUACCUGGGAAGAGGUAUACAUCUCUGCUGAGACAGAAAGUGCCAGAUUCAGAAACAGUUCUAGUGAGUGCGCACAGGGUGGUGGGCUCCUAGCCCCUUGCAUGGAGAGCAAGCUGUGCUUGAACGCUCCCUGCUGA